UUUAACUGCCCCUUUGUCUUUUAAUUUUUCUAAAGUUCUGCUCUGUGGUUCAGCUAAUAGCUGGUGGGGGUGUUCCUUGUUCCGGCUUAGUUGUUUUGGUUUAAUCGUUCGUUGAGCUCUCCCUUUCUGUUGUCGAUCUUGUGUCGUUGGUUGCUACUUCCUAUGGUUGACUCCACUUGAAGCAACCGCUUUCUUCUUCAAUUCUUCUCUUUUUCAUGGGUUUCAUUCCGUUCUGUUCGAUUCUUCCUGAAGAUCAGCUAAUUAAGCGGUUAUGUUUGGCGGAAAUACGGAUUUGAAUUUUGAAGGUGAUACUAAAAUGAUCAGGAGAGAAAAUUCAGAUUAUAUGCAGCUCAAGAGAGAGAAAAGGGUUUCGUUCUUCGAUGCCUUACUGGGGCUCUGGGUUGUUUUUGCUUUAUUUAGGCCGGUCAAUGCCCUGAGACCUCUAAGGGAGAAGUCCCGUUCUUGGGGUGACGAGUGGUUAUUUAUUAGAAGAGAUGAAAAUGAUCUGGGCCCAUAUUCUAAUUGGAAUAUCACAGGAACAUACAAAGGCACUUGGAGCUUCCUAGAUUCCACCAAGAGCUCUUCCAGAUUUCCAGAUUUUGGAAAAUCUAAUGGAAUUUCUAUCUUUGAAUUAGUCAGUACCCCAACAAAGAUUGCUGGAGUCCAUUAUGUGCAGGGAGUGCUUAUUUUCCAGGAUGUGUUCGACGAUGAGCGUGAAGGUGGAGCUGCUCAAAUGAGGGUCGAAGGUGUAUAUAUAUGGCCUUUCAGACAACUUAGAAUGGUAGUCAGUAGUGGAAAAGAAGGAGAGCUGGGGCAAGAAGAAGAUUAUUUUUUGGCUACUCCAUAUCACUUGCUGGGAGUUUUCUCAUCUCAGGUGUUUCAAAAGUCUCCUAUUGAUAAAACUUGGCGAAGGAAAAACUCAGCUAUAUACGAUCUGGAGAAACGUUGUAAUUUAGAAAUUGCAGCUCAAAUUACACGUGUAUCGUCGGGCCAAAGUGAUGGAGAUCAUGAUCGUUAUCAGUUGCAGGGAUUAAUAGAGAGCCAAACUUCUGAUGAUGAGGGAGAGUGCUUCUCAUCCAUAGUAUUAAAUGCUACUUCUGUCAACAUUGAGGUCUACUACAACAAAGCAGUCAACUAUACCUUGAUGGUCACCUUCGUCUCUUUCCUUCAAGUUCUUCUGUUAAUUCGACAAAUGGAACAUAGCAACACCCAAUCUGGAGCAGCUAAAGUUUCAAUUUUAAUGAUUGGGCAACAGGCCAUCAUGGAUGCUUAUCUUUGUCUUUUACAUCUAACUGCAGGAAUAUUAGUUGAAUCCCUGUUUAAUGCUUUUGCCACAGCUGCCUUCUUCAAGUUUGUUGUCUUUUCUAUUUUUGAGAUGAGAUAUCUUCUUGCAAUAUGGAAGGCCAGUAGACCUUUGAGUAAUGGAGAAGGUUGGGAGACAGUGAGACGAGAGCUUUCCGUUCUUUACAGUCGCUUCUAUGGGAUUCUUCUAGGAGGAAUUUUAGCCAUGUAUGAGUUUCAUAAUUAUCUACGGCCGAUUCUUCUACUUCUAUACUCCUUUUGGAUACCUCAAAUCAUCACUAAUGUUGUCCGUGAUUCGAGGAAACCAUUACAUCCUCAUUACAUAGUAGGCGUGACAGUCACACGGCUUGCAAUUCCAUUAUAUGUCUUCGGUUGCCCAAAUAACUUCAUGCGAAUUGAACAUGACAAGAACUGGUGCAUAUGUUUGGGGUUAUUCAUGGGACUUCAAGCAUCAAUUCUUCUUUCCCAACACUAUCUCGGAUCUCGGUGGUUCAUUCCCCGUCAGAUUUUACCUGAGAAAUAUAGCUAUUAUAGAAGAUUUGAUCAGGAUACAACUCAUGCUACUGACUGUGUCAUUUGCAUGACUGCCAUUGAUCUUACACAACGGCCCAAUGACUGCAUGGUUACACCAUGUGACCAUUUCUUCCACUCUGGUUGUUUACAAAGGUGGAUGGAUAUAAAGAUGGAAUGCCCCACUUGCCGGCGUCCCCUGCCACCCGCUUAGAUCCUCCUGCCCUGUUUGUAUAUUCUUAGAAUCAACUAACACUGCCCACUCUGAACACUGUUGCGGUAGGCAAAUAACACCAAAUUCUGCAUGAUCACUUCCACACAAGAUAUCUUAGAUAAUUCUGAAUUCAAACUUUUGGAGGCUUAUUGGGCCUGUUUAUGUUUGUCAUAAUCUUGGUAUGAACAGUAUGUUGUAUAUACUGUUCAGGUAAAAUUUUGUCAUUUACAUAACAGGGAUGAGUCCUUCCCAAUUCUGUAUUUAAUUCUCGUUGGGUUAGGAACCCCCUGAAUGUGUUCUUUGUUCUAAUUAAAUUGCGAAAUUUUUAGAAA